CUUUUUUAACUCUAUUUGUUUUUUAGGGUUUUAGAGAUAAUGGGAGAGAGAACCGACGACGGUGAACAGAAAAUGGAGGAAGUGCUGUUGCCUGGAUUUAGGUUUCAUCCAACCGACGAAGAGCUCGUAAGCUUCUACUUGAAGCGGAAGGUUCAACACAAUCCUCUCUCCAUAGAGCUCAUAAGACAGCUUGAUAUCUACAAAUACGACCCCUGGGAUCUUCCAAAGUUUGCGAUGACGGGCGAGAAAGAAUGGUACUUUUAUUGUCCGAGGGACAGGAAGUAUCGGAACAGCUCGAGGCCAAACCGAGUGACAGGAGCUGGUUUCUGGAAAGCUACGGGAACAGACCGGCCUAUAUACUCGUCGGAGGGAAACAAAUGCAUAGGUUUAAAGAAGUCCUUAGUGUUCUACAAAGGAAGAGCUGCAAAAGGAGUUAAGACUGAUUGGAUGAUGCAUGAGUUUCGUUUGCCUUCUCUCUCCGAACCAUCUCCUCCUUCUAAGAGAUUCUUCGACUCUCCUGUCUCUCCCAAUGAUUCAUGGGCUAUAUGCAGAAUCUUUAAAAAGACAAGCACAACGACCCUAAGAGCUCUCUCUCACUCCUUUGUUUCCUCGUUACCACCAGAGACAAGUUCCGACACAAUGUCCGACCAAAAGCCAUCAAACACAUACCAUUUCUCUUCAGACAAGAUCCUCAAAACUAGCUCUCCCUUCCAGUUUCACCAUGAGAAUAUGAACACUCCCAAAACUAGUAAUAGUACAACUCCUUCCGUUGCUACUAUAAGUCCCUUCUCUUACUUGGACUUCACUUCGUACGACAAACCCACCAGCAUUUUCAGUCCGGUUUCAUGUUUAGAACAACAAUACCUAACAAAUCUCUUUCUUUCCACACAAGAAACACAACCUCAGUUUCCUAGGCCUACCUUGUCUAACGAAAUCCCAUCGUUUCUGCUAAACACGUCAUCAAAUUCGACCUUCUUGGGAAUGGGAGAAUACACAAGCCAUAUCGAUCUCAGCGCGGUGUUGGCACAAGAGGAAUGUCCUGCGCUUGUAAGCCUACCACAGGAGUUUCAAGAGAAGGGAUUCGAAGGAAAUGGCAUAAUGAAGAACAUGCGUGGUUCCAAUGAAGAUCAUCAUGGUCAUUGUGACACACUUCGGUAUGAUGUUUUCACUUCAACACCUGAUGAGAAUCAUCAGCAUCAUCAAGGCCUGAAACAGAACAUGACGUUGCUGGAGAGUUAUUAUUCAUCUUUAUCGUCCAUUAGUGGUGAUUUGCCAGCUUGUUUCUCCACAACUUGAUGGAUGUGGAUAAUUAGCAGUCUUUCUCUACCUUCUUGG